GCGCCCGCGCUCCCGGCCUCUCCUCCCCCAGCCUUCCUCUGUGGUAGGGAGCGCGACGCUCCUCGCCGAGCGCCCGUUGCCAGUCCACCUGGGUGGUGGUCCCGGCCGCCGGUCGCCGGCCGCCGGCCGCCCCGCGCCAUGCGGCUUCUCGGUUGGUGGCAGUUACUGCUGUGGGCGCUGGCGCUUCUCGCCCGCGGUGUGGAGGUCGCAGAGGAAGGCGGUCGCCCGCGGGCCGAGGAGCAGCCCGCGCACCCCCUGCAGGCGGGCGCCGCGCACCUGGGCGAGGAGGAGCCCCCGCGCGGCCAGGUGGGCGCGGACGCGGCGGGCGACCGCGUGGUGAUGCUGUCUGUGGUCCCGGGGGACGCCGAGGAGAAGCCGAGCGCGGAGCCAGGCGGCGGCGGCGGCGACACCUGUGGCGUGGGAGGCGAGGAGGACUCGAGGUGCCACCUCCGCGAAAACCUCUUCUCCCUGACCGGUGGCGCCGGCGCCGCCUUCCCCGACCGGGAGGACGAGGACGACCCCGAGCCGGAGGUGGCGGAGUCCGACCCGGCCCCGGCCGAGGACGCCAACAGCACCGACAGCCUGAAAUCCCCCAAGGUGAACUGUGAGGAGAGGAAUGUGACGGGCCUGGAGAAUUUCACUCUGAAAAUUUUAAAUAUGUCACAGGACCUCAUGGACUUCCUGAACCCGAACGGCAGCGACUGUACUCUAGUGCUGUUUUACACCCCGUGGUGCCGAUUCUCUGCCAGCUUGGCCCCUCAUUUUAACUCUCUGCCCCGGGCGUUUCCAACGCUUCAUUUUUUGGCUCUGGAUGCAUCUCAGCACAGCAGCCUUUCCACCAGGUUUGGCACCGUAGCUGUUCCUAACAUUUUGCUAUUUCAAGGAGCUAAACCAAUGGCUAGAUUUAACCACACAGAUAGAACAUUGGAAACACUGAAAAUCUUCAUUUUCAAUCAGACAGGUAUAGAAGCCAAGAAAAAUGUGAUGGUAACUCAAGCGGACCAAAUAGGUCCUCUUCCCAGCACGUUGAUAAAAAGUGUGGACUGGUUGCUUGUAUUUUCCUUAUUCUUUUUAAUUAGUUUCAUUAUGUAUGCUACCAUUCGGACUGAGAGUAUUCGGUGGCUCAUUCCAGGACAAGAGCAGGAACAUGUGGAAUAAUGAUGGACUGAAAAGAAAAGUUGGAAAGAGGAAUUUCUGUCCUUCAUUUCAGAAAUUAGUGCUACAGCUUCAUUUUAUCUAGUGAAGUAUUGACUUGCAAGUUCACUUAGAUUAAAAAAAUCAUGCAUUUGUUGAACUAUUACUGAAUGCGUCAAAAAAUUCUAAACUGGUAUUUUAACUAGAAUUGCCAUAAGCAAAUGCAAAAAAAUAUUCACUAGAAUGCCCUGUUCUUAUUUUUACUACUUGGACGUUAUCCUAUACAUGAAGAGUAAUCCAGUUUGAAAUGUGAAGACAUUCUGGUGGAAUAGUGAGUUAAUGACAAUAUGUUUACUAAGAAGGUGGCAAAAAUAGGACUUUUGGGUUAUAGUUUUAGAAAACUCGUGAUUCCUUAUAUAUGUUUCAGAAGGUUGAUUUUUUUUUGUUUGCAAUUUCUCUUCCAGAGUCCAUAGCAGAAAGUGUUGUUAUGGAAAGAGUAACUAGAAUUGAUUAGUAUGACCCUCCAAGUAGCAACUGAUGGAAAAUAAAAGAGUCAAAUACCUUGA